AUGGCCUCGGGGACUGAGCGGGGCGCAGAGGUGGGCAGCGGCGGCCCUGCCGCCUGCUACCGGGAGCUGAGCCGGUUCCCUGCCAUCACCCAUGCCGCCCUUGGGGCCACCGCAGGGGGACAGACCUUCCAGCUCUACACCGAGUGCAGCCGCCCCGACCUGCCCCGCCGCCGGCUCCUGCGUUUCAGCCGCCAGUACAGCCUGCGGCACACAGGCGGCGGCGGCCUCGCCGUCAGCCGGGCAGCGCUCAGCGCCGAGAUCCACAACCAGCUCCUCAGCCAGGACUCGCCCACGGGGCAGCACCGCGCCGUGCUCAGCCGCUGCCCGCGGCAGGGCCACGAGCUGCUGGAGGUGUGGUGCAGCGGCGGGCGCAGCCACAGUGUGGACCUCACGGCGCUGGGAAAGCACGGAGGGGUCUACACAGAGGGACCCUUCGCCUGUCUGGCCUGGUCCCGCUCGGAGACAGGGCUGCUCUACGUGGCCGAGAAGAGCCGGCCCAAACCACGGUCCCCCUGCCCCUGGGACGUGCCGGGAGCAGCCAGGCCGGUGGAGGAGGAUGAGGAUGAGGAGGGCGAGCAGUUCGUGUACCAUGAGGACUGGGGGGAGACACUGAGCACCCGCAGCGUGCCCGUCCUCUGCACUCUGGACCUGGAGGGCAGCAGCGUCUCGGUGCUGGAGGGCGUCCCGGAGCACCUCUCCCCUGGCCAGGCCCUGUGGUCCCCAGACGACCGCGGCGUGGUGUUUGUGGGCUGGUGGCACGAGCCCUUCCGCCUGGGGCUGAGCGCCUGCUCCAACAGGAGGUCAGGGAUUUUCUACUUGGACCUGGCCAGUGGGCAAUGCGAGCUGCUGUCGGCUGAGCACAGUGCCGCCCGCUCCCCCCGGCUGAGCCCUGACGGCCAGCGCCUGCUCUACCUGGAGGGGGGCCUGGAGGGGCCCCACCGGCAGUGCCUGCACCUGCGCGUGUUUCCCUGGAGGGACCCAUCCCCAACUGCCGGCUCUUCCCAGCUUACCUGGCAGACAAGGCAGAUGGUGACAGUGCUUGACGUGGUGCAGGAGCCCACGGAGGGUAAGCAUGCCUUCGCUGGGCUCUACGGGGAGGCACUGCCACCACAGUGCUGGGCAGCCGACAGCCGGCGAGCCGUGCUGGGCACCCCACAGCGGAGCCGCACGGAGCUGCUGCUCGUGGACACAGAGGCAGCCACCGUCACCAACCUGACGGCAGGGUCACCCGAAGGGUGCUGGGAGCUGCUCACCCUCCAGUGGGACCUGCUGGUAGCCACCUGCUCAGCCCCGCACCGCCCUCCAAGCCUGGUGGUGGCGGUGCUGCCGCCGGCGGGCCGGGAGCUGCCGCUCCACUGGGUGCCGGUGGAGGACACCCCAACGGUGCCUGGUGUCACCUGGAAGACCCUGACAGUCCGGCCACCCUGCAGCGGGCAGAGCCCCGCCACGCAUGGUGCCCAGGCCUUCGAGGCCCUGCUGCUGAGCCCACCAGAUGGCACAGCGCCGCACCCCCUCAUUGUGUGCCCUCACGGUGGCCCCCACGCCGUCUUUGAUGCCCGCUGGCGCCCGAGCAUGGCUGCGCUCUGCCGGCUGGGUUUCGCUGUGCUCCUGGUGAACUACCGCGGCUCCCUGGGCUUCGGCCAGGCCAGCAUCAGCUCCCUGCUCUCCCGCGUGGGUGAGCAGGAUGUGGCGGACACCCAGCUGGCGGUGGAGCAGGCGCUGCGCAGUGAGCCUCUGGACCCGCACCGCCUGGCCCUGCUAGGCUCCCACGGAGCCUUCAUCGCCCUCCACCUCCUCACCCGCGAGCCUGAGCGCUACCAAGCCUGCGCCCUGCGCAGCCCAGUCUCCAACCUGCCCGCGCUACUGGGCACCUCCGACAUCCCUGACUGGCGCUACGCCUCCCUGGGGCUGCCCUACUCCUUCGAGCGGGUGCCCCGCGCUGAGGAGGUGGCCGCCAUGCUGCUGCGCUCGCCCAUCGCCCAGGCGGCCCAGGUGCAGACGCCAGUGCUGCUGUGCGUGGGCGCUCGGGACCGGCGCGUCAGCCCCACACAGGCACUGGAGCUGUACCGGGUGCUGCGGGCCAGGGGGUUGCCGGCACGGCUGCUGUGGUACCCGGAGGGCGGCCACGCGCUGGCCGGCGUGGAGACGGAGGCCGACGUCUUCGAGAACUGCGCCCGCUGGCUCCUCCGGCACCUGGGGCAGCCUCAGCAGGACGGGACGGGACAGCACAGCCGCUAGCCCCACGGUGGCCCUGCGGCUGUGCCGGCCCCGGGGUGAGCCCUGGCCCUGGGGACCACACCAGGACCAGAGGCGGAUGGAGCAGGCGUAGCUGGGGCAGGACAGGAUGUGGGUCGCGGUUUGGCUCUAAAUAAACGUGUGAGACCCUGUGC